GUUGAGAACAUGAAGCGUUUAUUGCGCCCAAGCCUAUCAAGGGCGGUUAGCAAGCGCCCUAUACGCCGGCUUCAUGCCACAGGCAGCGAUCUGAACAAACAGCAAAUGGCGCAUGCAGCUGCAGACGCUGAACCUGUACAGGUCGUGCUUAACACAACCUCAACCUCAACCAAGCCCCGAGUUGUCCCAGACUUCAUUAUCAAUCAUGUCGCUCCCACACAUAGUGGGAGUGCUUGGUUGCAGAGCAAGAGGUUAUCGGAGAAGGAAGCUUAUGGCGAAGCAUCGCUCGAAGGUGGCUACAAGCAGUUCAGAGAGGACAUUCGCAACAUUGUGCCGGAUUCUCGCGUUUUUACUGAUCCAGUUCGCACGCUUGCUUACGGCACAGAUGCGAGUUUUUAUCGCCUGGUCCCCAAGAUUGUUGUCAAGGUGCAUGAUGAGGCUGAAAUGAUCAAACUUGUUCAGUACGCAGCGAAAAACAAGACACCCGUUACUUUCCGUGCUGGUGGUACGUCGCUUUCAGGACAAGCCAUCACAGACUCAAUUCUGUUGAAAUUGGGACACACUUGGCGGUACCGCAAGAUCUGGGAUGACGGCAAGUACAUCACUGUGGAGCCUGGGUGGAUCCUCGGGCAAGUCAACAGAAUGCUAGCACCUUAUGGACGUAAGCUGGGACCAGAUCCUUCUUCCAUCGACUCAUGCUGGAUUGGAGGCGUCGUUGCCAACAACUCUUCAGGAAUGUGCUGCGGUGUUGCACAGAAUACCUACCACACCAUCAAGGACCUUCGCAUCGUGUUUCACGAUGGAACCAUUCUUGAUACGGCAGACUCUGUUAGCUGGGCAUCCUUUCAGCGAACGCACAAGCAUAUCGUCGAUGGAGUGAUGCAACUUGCGAAACAAGUCAAAGCGGACGAAGAGCUAUCUGCCCUGAUAAGGAAGAAGUUCAGCAUCAAGUGCACCACCGGCUACAGCAUCAAUGCUCUUGUGGAUUUCGACGAGCCGCUUGAGAUCAUCAAGCACUUGAUGGUUGGCUCUGAAGGAACCCUUGGUUUUGUGUCGCGUGCAACCUACAACACUGUCCCAGAUUAUAAGGACAAGGCCUCAGCGUUCAUCGUGUUUCCGACUGUUGAAGAUGCCUCCAACGCAACUUGGGAGCUCAGAAAGGCAAAAUGCACAGAUGCUGUGGAGUUGAUGGAUAGAAGAUCUUUGAGAACUUGUGAGAACAUGGAACACCUGCAUUUUUUGAGAGGAAUUCCCGAUACUGCAACGGCACUUCUUGUUGAAUGCCGUGGAUCCAAUGCGGAAGAAAUGCAAGCUCGUAUUAAUCAGGCUGAGAAGACCAUCAACGAUGCCGGGCUGCUUACGUACCAUGUUAGGCUCAAUGGCAUUAACUUCUCUCGAGACCCUGCUGUUUGCACUGCGUACUGGGAUGCUCGUAAGGCGUUGAUCCCCAUGGUCGGUGCUGUGCGUGAGGCUGGAACCUCUGUUUUGCUCGAGGAUGUUGCAGUUCCAGUUCAGAACCUGGCCAAGCUCUGCAAUGGAUUGGAGGAGAUGUUUAACAAAUUCGAAUACUAUGACGGAUCUGCAUUUGGCCACGCUCUUGAAGGAAAUUUGCAUCUUGUUUUCACUCAGGGCUUUGACACCCCUGAGGAGGUCAAAAGAUAUGAGGCGAUGAUGGACUAUCUGUGCAAGCUCGUUGUGUCGCUCGAAGGCUCACUCAAAGCUGAACAUGGAACCGGAAGGAAUGUUGCUCCUUACGUCGAGAUGGAAUGGGGCAAGAAGGCUACCGAAGUCAUGUGGAAGCUCAAGAACCUCUUUGACCCCAGUGACUUGCUCAACCCGGGAGUCAUUUUGAACAAGGAUCCCAACGUGCACACUCAGAAUUUGAAGCCCCUCCCUGUUGCUCAUGGCAUCGUGGAUUCCUGCAUGGAAUGCGGAUUCUGCGAAUCAGCUUGUCCUUCUGGACACGUUACUCUGACUCCACGCCAGAGAAUUGUGGCCACUAGAGAAAUUUCUCGCCUGGAGGCCCUCAACACAGCAUCGAGCCUUGACAAAGCUGAGGAGAUGCGCAAGAGCUAUGAGUACCUUGCACUCGACAGCUGCGCCGCAGAUGGAAUGUGUGCCGAGAAGUGCCCUGUUAACAUCAACACCGGCCGCAUGGUCAAGGAUCUCCGUGCCAAGAGUGUUGAAUCUAACACUGACUCUUAUGUGAACCAACUGGCAACCAUCGCCUCCAAGAACUUCGGCCUCAUGAUGGGAGGCGUACCAAUCGUGCUCAACACUGUGGAUCUGUUCCACAAGCUUCUUGGAACCAAGGUCAUGAGCCUGGCUUCCUCCUUUGUUGGCCCUCUUGUGGGGCUCCAUUGGAACCCCUACCUUGCUCGUGGAGCCUCGCCCAUCAAGGCACCACCCUCGGCAGUGCAGACUAAUGCCCAGAACAAGAAAGUCGUCUACUUUGCCACCUGCGUUUCUCGCACUAUGGGCCCAGCAAGAGGGGACUUCGAGGAGGCCUCAAUCCAUGAGAAGACGAUGAGUGUUUUGGCUAAGGCAGGCUACGAAGUCAUCCUGCCCAAGGGACUGUCGAACGCCUGCUGCGGACUUAUCUUCGAUUCACGUGGAUACCCAAAGCAGGGAGAGGAGCAGGGCAACAAUCUCGAAGCUCUUCUCCUCGAAGCAUCGGAGAACGGAGCUAUCCCUAUCCUGUGUGAUACCUCCCCUUGCCUGAUGAGGAUGAAGGAAACCUUCCAGGAUGCAAAGCUCAAGUCGGCCAUGUACGAUCCCACGGAGUUUGCAGCGAACUACCUGAUGGAGCACCUGGUGGUUGCCAAGCGAGAGAAGAGCAUUGCGAUCCACGUGCCUUGCAGCAGCAAGAAGAUGAAGAAGGACAAGUACUUCGAGCAGAUCGCUCGUGCUUGCGCUAUGGAGGUGACGAUGAGCCCCGUUCCCUGCUGUGGUAUGGCGGGAGACCGCGGUCUUCGCUUCCCUGAGAUCUCUGGAGGAGGUGUCCAGUCCUCUGUCAAGGUUCCUCCCGGAGCUGCAAUGGUGAUUCGUGACCCUGCUGUUGGUCCCAACACCACCAUCGCAUGGGACGAGGUGAAGGACAACUGCAGUGAGGGGUUCUCGACCUCGAGGACUUGCGAGAUCUCACUGUCCAACUCUACCGGCUCUCACUUCAAGAGCAUCAUGUACUUGUUGGAUCGUUGCACCAUCGCCAAGGAGAGCCAGGCGACCGCCUAAACUUUCCUUCGUCCUUGUUUAUAGACAGCAAAUGUAUUCAUCUUCUUGUAUCAGUACACAGUGAACUCGCCCCGAGCUAGUGCUUCCUCCUUGCUGAAAGCUUGUCCCCCAACUUAUACUCUACCAGCCGCUCUUUGUGCGCGAACAGGAGCAGCUCCAUUUUGAUUCUAGUCUCAUUGAUGGCUCUUACCAGCACCUUGUUCUCCUCACAGGCUGCGAGAAAGUCUCGGUACUUCUCUCUCCUCUUCUUCUCGUCCUUCAUCAUUCCUGCCCCGGUCAAGAAAACCCCGCAAAGCAUCGUCAGCUCCUCUGCUGGCAGCUUUAUCCCCACCCUCGUCAUCUCCUUCCUCAUUUUCUCCAUCUCCUCCGUGUCGUAGCCCUCGGACUCCGAUCCAUCCUCUGACUUGACGGAUCGAUCGCUCUGCUUCCCUCCGCUGUUCUCGCCCUCGCCCUCGCCCUCGUCU